CAGCGACGCGACACGUAGCCGGCUUGUCGAGAUGUGAACAGCUCAGCUCAGGACAGUGCUCGAGGGCAAGCGGUACAAGAGACUCAUUUCGAGCGCAUUUUGCUUCACUUCCACCUUCGCCGGCACCGGACCAAAAAGUGGGCCGUAUAUGGGCUUGCGGGCAUUGUGAACAGGGCAUCACUUGUAUUAACCCAGCUCAUCUGUGAAAUCGCCAAGUGAGGCAAGAGCAUCGAUUUCGAGUUGAGCUUUUCUCACAUUCUCUGUGGCAACAACAACAACAACAACAUCAACAACAACAACAACAACAACCUCUUUCCCCACCCAAGAUGAUAUCCAACACGAAGCCCACCCCGGAAGAAACACUUGCCCUCUUCAAAGAAAUCGAGCAAAAGUUCCCCUCCCAAACACUCGGAGAAGACAAAUGGUACAUUCUUCUAAUCGCCGCAAUCACGACCGGCGGCCACCCUGGGCUCGCGGCCGACCUGUACAAAUACCUCAUCUCGAAGCCAGAGUUCUCUACGCCCGAGCAGCGGAAAGCGCUCGUCAGGAGAUUACGAGAGGCACUCGUCAAGCUUGUCUCGGUCGUGGGCGUGGUGAAACCCUUGGAGGCGAUUUUCUGCAUUGCUGGCGUUGAGCGACCGGAAGAUCGGGAUGACAGCUUCUCGAGAGAAACCUGGUCCUCCGGCCCAUCAAAUCGCCAACGAGGUCGAGAAUGGCUGGACAAAAUCUAUCGAUCCAAUCACACCGCCACCGAGAACACACUCGCAUGCCACAAAGACUUCGAAUGGCUCUCAAUAGAGAUCAGCUACGGCCUCUAUCUCUCCGACCACAGCAUUCUCGGCCCUGUAGAGACAGAAAUCAUAGUGUUGUCCGGAAUCUUGAUGCAGAAUGCUGCCAGAGAAUCAGCUUGGCAUCUCAGAGGCACGAGAAGGAUUGGUGUGUCCUCUGAAGAUGUUGAGACGAUACAACAAUGUAUUGAGAAAGUCGCUGACUUCUGUGGGUGGAAGCUCGACAAGAUUCCUCGAGUCAAGGAUAUUGAACAUGAAGUUCCGUGGGAAAGUGGUGCUUAGAAUGAAGGAGUCAGCAUCGAUCAUUAUUAGACCCGAAGCAUAGACGAGAUUGAAUUCGAUGAAGUGGUAGCCCAUAACGAUCAUGAAAUUGCCAGCCGCUG